ACAAGUAUUCUCUUAGUCUUUGUUUAUGAAGAUAAUAUAUAUAAUAUUAUCUUUCUGAAGUAAUAAUCUAUAUACUUGGUGUAUAAUUUUUGACUGAUGAAAAUGGCAUUCUUUUCAAACAUGAAGAUAAACAAAGGAGAAGUAAUCUGGGAGACGAUGAAACAAAUAAGGGAAUUACUGAUGCUUCUUCUACUAGCCUCGUGUUCAAAAUUAACAGCAAGUACUACGGUAUGGAUGCCGAUGUGGCAACAGAAGUACAUAGAAGAGAAAGCUGAUAGCUAUUGUUUGAGCUGGAGAUUGGGUGUGGAAACUAACAACAUACGUGCAUGGCGAACUGUACCAACUCAUUGUCUGCGUUAUGUUGAAAAUUAUAUGAUGAGGGGGCAAUAUGAACGUGAUGUUGAAUUAAUCAUUGAUCAUGUUAUGGAUUAUGUGAAUGACGAUGUUGUUCUUUCUAACGAUGGCCUUGACGCUUGGAUCUUAGAUGUUGAUGAUACUUGUCUCUCCAAUCUUUUUUAUUACCAAGGGAAGCGAUUCGGGGUUGAUCCAUACGAUCCAAAGGGAUUUCACGAAUGGGCAUCAAAAGGAGUUUGCCCAGCAAUACCUGCUGUACUGAGAUUGUACAACAAAUUGAUUGAAAGUGGAUUUAGAGUAUUCCUUGUAACUGGUAGAAGUGAAUCCACACUUGGACAAGCCACCCUUUACAAUCUCCACAACCAAGGAUUUCUUGGCUAUGAACGUCUAACUUUAAGGGAAGAUCAGUACGAAGGAAUGAGUUCAAUUGUUUACAAGUCAGAGAUAAGGAAAAAGUUGGUAGGAGAGGGGUACAGGAUAUGGGGCAACGUAGGAGAUCAAUGGAGUGAUCUUCAAGGAGAGUAUAUAGGCAAUCGAACAUUUAAGCUUCCCAAUCCCAUGUACUUUGUCCCUUAGAAAAAUCGAAAUGUAAUUAAUGUGUGAAAGCAUGGUCUAUUGACAUAAAAAUAAUAAUGGAUAUUUCAUUUAUGCUA